GGAACAGCGGGUGACAGUUUGUUUUUCAUCAUGGCAUUCUGUAGGGAUUCUGGAAGUAGACUAUAUAUGUGUCUGUAUAGUGAAUGAGAUUGUAAAGAACUGGACUACGUAAAUAAAAUUAAAAAAAAAAAAAAAAAAAAACACGAGCAAAUACGAAAUUAUUUGCAACUAGAGAAAUACACACUUGGCGAAGUCUCCAUCAGAAAAACACAAGUCAGGUGCGAGAUAUACACCCCGAGGUUCGGUUCUGUGGUGAUAUUACAAUGAAAGGCUGGACUCCUUUGCUAUAGGAGCAGUGUCAGAUAUCAUCCUCCAGGUUGCAAGGUUUCAGAUAUGGCUAACAAUCCACAAGAUACUCAGACAAAGAAGACAAGCAGAUCAUGCUUUGGGGAUAUCAGAGCAUUUGUUGCAACUCUUUGCUUGAUUCUUAGUGCUAACAGCAUUGGCAAUGCUUACCUGAUCAGCAUGCUAAGUACCCUUGAAAAGAGAUUUAGUCUGAGGACGACAGAACUUGGUUUAAUUGCGAGUGGAUUUGAAAUUGGCAACCUUUUGGUGAUCCUUUUAGUAAGCUAUUUUGGAGGGAAAGGUCACAGACCCAGGCUUAUUGGCUGUGGUGGAAUUAUAAUGGCAUUGGGUUCACUUCUUUGUGCAUUACCUGAAUUUGUGAGUCAUCAGUACGACUAUCAGAAAGUGAAAAUAUCAGCCUCAAGGGACACUUGUUCUACUGGCAAGCCAUCGAUGGAGAAAGAAGAUGAAAUGGAGAGUUGUAUGGAAACACAGUCUACAAACAUGAUGUACGUGCUGCUUGUAAUAGCUCAGGUUUUAAUAGGAGUUGGAGCAGCAUCAGUGCAACCAUUGGGUGUCUCCUACAUGGAUGAUCAUGUGAAGAAAAAGGAUUCUUCUCUUUACUUGGGGAUAAUACUCACCACCACACUGUUUGGUCCUCUCUUAGGUUUCCUUAUGGGUGCUCUAUUUACAAAGGUUUAUGUUGAUGCAAUUUUUAUCGACACAGAGAAGCUGAACAUCAGCACAGAAGACCCCCGAUGGAUGGGUGCCUGGUGGGCUGGCUUCCUUGUCUGUGCUGCUCUGCUGUUUUUCUCUUCUUUGUUCAUGUUUGGCUUCCCUCGAGUCAUGCCUUUAAAGAACUGUACAGAGAGCAAACUUUCCAAACUCCUGUUGCCAAGCAAAGCCAUCAAAGAGCAAGGCAAACCUGUCACUGAGAACAACAGGCAGAAAGAGACAAGAAAGAGCCAAACCUGCUGCCACCAUUUUGUAGCAAUGCUGAAUGUAACCAAGCAACUAUUCCAGAAUCCUGUGUUCACCUGCGUUGUAUUGGCUGCCUGUAUGGGACUUGCUGCAAUUGGUGGUAUGUCUGCUUUUUUGGGAAAGUACCUGGAAUCACAGUUUGGAUUAAAUACAUCUUCUGCUAAUCAGCUAAUAGGAGUGGCAGCUAUUCCCUGUGUGUGCCUUGGAAUGCUUCUAGGCGGCUACUUGGUGAAAACGUGUAACCUGAGUUCUGUGGGGAUUGUCACACUGGGAAUGAGUGCCAAUGUGCUGUGCUCAGCUGCCUUUGUGUUCUUGCUGUUCCUGGGCUGUGAAACGGGACCUGUUGCAGGGGUAACUGCUGACUACAUCAAUGGUACUGAAUGGAACUUUCCAAGGAAUCUCUCAGCAUGGUGCAAUGAAGGCUGCGGAUGCUCUUUUGAAACACUCAUCCCUAUUUGUGGUGCUGAUGGAAUCACUUAUUUAUCUCCCUGUUUUGCAGGAUGUACUGAUAAUGUAAGGAGGAUUGUUAUUUGUAAUAUGUUUUCGCAUGACAAGGCUGUUAAUCCACUGUUUAAGUCAUAUGCACUUGGGAUCCAGUUUUUAUUGCUUAGGGUACUUGUUUUUAUCCCGAUGCCUCUUGUCUUUGGUGCGGCGAUUGACUCAACCUGUCUCGUCUGGUCUGAAUCCUGUGGGAAGCGCACAACGUGCUCUGUGUACAACAACGACACUUACAGAUAUCUCUACUUCAGCGUCUCCGUGGGACUGAAGACUGCUGCCUUCAUCCUGAUGGCAAUGACUUGGCACUGCAUUAAAAGCAAUCCCAAGAAACAUCUACAGGGAGACGAAGAUAGCACCGAAAAAUUGACACCCACAGAACUUUUUGCAUCUGCUCUGACUUUAGAUACAGCGGGGACCACCAAAUCUUCCACUGCAAGGAUUACAUUUAUUUAUCACUUAGGGGACAAUGAAAUGUGUGAGAACAUUGAGUCUGUCCUCUGAAUUGGUGCAUCACUUGAUGAUUAUUACACUUAAACAAACAAGAAAAAACAUCAGAUGUCAACAAAUCUUAACCCUUUAUUUGUAUUGGGACCACAUGGUAACAGCCCAUUAUUGUAACCGUAUAAAAUGAUCUUAACCCAUGCUUUGUGCUGUAUGUUAAAGAUUUGCUUGAUUCAGUAACGAUUGCUGGUGUCUGGUGUCUGGGGUUAGGGUUAGAGUUUUGAAAGAAAUGCAUUUGUAUUUUCAAACAUACUAUCUGGUACUACACUUGGUUAAAAAAAAAAAAAAAAGUCUUUAGUUGGUUAAAGACAGGAACAAAGGCACUGAAGGAGGGGACAAUCUCACUUUCCAAGGAAGUGCAAGACUUGCAAAAAGUGUUUUGUUUAACCUAGUUUAGUACCAAAAUGUGUUUUAACACAAAAG